GACAUCUCUGGAGCCUCACCGCACAUCGACCCCCAGAACAACAAGGUCUUGACCUUCAUCACCUACAUCGGCUGCGGCAUCUCCGCCAUCUUCUCUGCCGCCACGCUGCUCACCUACAUCGCCUUCGAAAAACUGCGGCGCGACUACCCCUCCAAGAUCCUGAUGAACCUCAGCACGUCGCUGCUGCUCCUCAACAUGGUCUUCCUGCUGGACGGCUGGUUGGCCAGUCUGGAGACGGACUGGCUGUGCCUGUCGGUGGCCGUCUUCCUGCACUACUUCCUGCUGACCUCCUUCACCUGGAUGGGGCUGGAGUCCAUCCACAUGUACAUCGCUCUGGUCAAAGUCUUCAACACCUACAUCCGCAGAUACAUCCUCAAGUUCUGCGUGGUGGGCUGGGGUCUCCCUGCAGUGCUGGUGGGCAUCGUAGUCGCGGUGGAUAAAAGCUCAUACGGCCUGCAGGAGUACGGCAAAGCUGAGUCAGGAGACGGAUCCUCCGAGUUGUAA